GCGAACGAUAUGCUGCGCAGCGCCUGUCGUCUGAUGUUUUGUCCUGCAGCUGUAUAUGUGUGGCGCGCAGCACGUCAUUGCCGUGUCGAACGUGUCAUCUGCUCUGCAUGGCCCCAACAGCAGUGGUAUAUAACGUCGUCUACUCGGUAUUGCGAUAUAGCUUACUCAUCUAACCCUACCUACAUUGUAUGACAAACACACACUACAUCUACAGAGUCGACGAGUUAGAGAGAAAGCAGUAGUAGUAGCGGCGUACAUCGUCGCCACCCCGAUGCAAUUGUCAGUAUAGUUUUGUAGUCUACUGCUAGUUUUAUUUUAAUUGAAGUGUAAUAGCCAGCACAAGUGAUAUAAGUUUUCGUCCGACUCGAGGUUUAAAAGGAUCCGAGUUGUAUUAUUGUUUCAUUUCGGAGCUAGACAUCGCCAAGUUUGAAUAAUUUGUAUUGUUUAUAACUGAUAGAUACGAAUAUGUCAACCAAAGCGCCGCACUGAGUAGCUAUAUUAAUUGCUGCCAAGUACUUUGUUUUUGUUCCUUUGAGAGUGUACCAAAAAAUUCGCCAAAAUUGAGCGCCGAACGAAAAGCCCUUCGCGCAGUCCACGCGCCAACAAAAUCAAGAAGAAAAAAACCAUGACGCCCAGACUGAUGAAGGAAAAACAUUCCAGAUAUUUUCACAUGAUUCUUCAGUUGAUGCCGCUGGAAUGUCCAGAUGCAAUGAGGAUGACCUUUGGCUAUUUUGGCCUGUCUGCGCUUGAUUUACUUGGCACUCUGGACGAUUAUCUACCGGUGAAAAAAGAAGAGGCCAUAGACUGGAUUUAUAGAUUACAGGUUACCGGUGCUGGCCCUAGAUCUGGUUUCAGCUCUUCGCCCAUGAUUUCCAAAGAAAUCUCCCCAGAAUAUCACUGCGGUCAUCUGGCAAUGUCUUACACUGGUUUAGCAAGUUUGUUGAUUUUGGGCGACGAUUUGCUUAAAGUUGACAAAGAGUCAAUGUUGGAAGGUAUGAGAGCGUGUCAAAAUCCUAAUGGUUCUUUUAUGGCAACGGUGGCAGGCAGCGAAAGUGACAUGAGAUUUGUUUAUUGUGCCAGCUGCGUUUCAGCUAUUCUUGAUGACUGGUCUGGCAUGAACAAAGCUCUCACUAUUGAUUACAUUUUAAAAAGCUUGUCAUAUGAUGGAGCGUUUGGACAAGGACCAGGAUUAGAGGCACAUGGAGGAUCAACAUUUUGUGCUGUUGCUAGUCUGUAUUUAAUGAAUGAACUGCACAAUGUACUCUCAGAAAAACAAUUAGAAAAUUUAAAAAGAUGGUGCUUAAUGAGACAAGACAGAGGGUUUCAAGGCAGACCUGGAAAGCCACAAGAUUCUUGUUACAGUUUCUGGAUUGGUGCUACUCUACAAUUACUAGGCGUUGAUAAGUUAUCAGACAGUCAAGACAAUAGAGCAUUUGUAUUAGAUACACAAAAUACUUUGGUCGGUGGUUUUGGAAAAUAUACCAAUGAACGUCCAGAUCCUUUGCAUGCCUAUUUAGGUUUGUGCAGUUUGAGUUUAAUCAAGGAACCAGCGUUACAAGAAAUACAUGCUGCAUUAAAUAUUUCUAAGAAAGCAUACACACACAUGCAGACUUUACAUGAAAUAUGGAAGUAUAGUCGAUGAAGAUAGAUGGCAUCACAAGGCGCACAAAUAUUGCACAAUUCAAUAUCAGAUAUAAAUAAGAAUAUAUUUUGUAACAUACUAUACUCUAUAAUUUUCUAGGAUUGUACAUUAUAAUUUAAAAAAGUUACAAAUUUACAAGUAGGAUGUAUAAACGUGGUAAAUUUUUGAGAUUUUGUAAUAAAAUCAUAAACAUUGUGUGAAGUCAAAGUAUGAAACAAUUUCACCAAUAAAAAUCUUCUAUACAGAUAA